AUGUUCCAGUCAUUCUUGGAGCGAACCCUGCUCUGGAAAAGAGAUGGCUAUACCAGCUCUAUGAAACCCAUCAAGCUCCCCCCUGCGCGGAACCUGCCGACGUGGUCGUGGAUGGCGUACAAUGGGGUCAUCUCCUAUGUUCAGGCCGAAUUCGACAAGGUCGACUGGACCAAGGAGUAUUCAUCUUCCUUCGACUCAGGAAGUGGCGCUCUCGGCAAAUGGCACUGGGAGACAAACGGUACGAAUAGGCCACCUAUCCUAGGGCUUUCAAGAGUCAGAGAGCUCGACUCGAACAAAGACAACCUUGGGUUACUUAAGAGGAUAACCUUUGACACUCUCAGUCCCAAAUGGCAAGCCCAAGACAUGCGGUGCGUUGUUAUCGGCAAGGCCAAACGAGGCGACUCCUUUGGUCCUUUCAACUUGAAUUGCUACGUCUUGAUUGUCAACGCUUCUUCGGAUGAGAAUCUACGUGGAGCCUAUCUCAUAGUUGGGGCAGGCGAAUUGAUGGAGAGCGAGAUUGUCUGGGAUCGUUAUGAGGCAGGGAAUUUGCAUUAA